AGCGGGUCAGAGCAAAGCCACUCGAAUCAACAUACGGUCGGAGAACGACGACGACGACGUCGACGACGAGGUUUCCAGUUCUAAUACAGCUCAGUUCCAGGCGGUCAGCAGAAGCAGCAUCAACUUACAUAUUUACGCAUUCAAAAUACAGGGAACAUUAGCUAGGAUAAAAGAAAUCUAAGAAAGGAGAUGUCAUCACGUAUGUUUAAGUUCGGUGUAACAGCCGCAAGUGCCUGUGUGGGUUCAGUGCUGGCCUCCUGGUCCAUUGAUCGCUGGAACUCCCCCCAUGUGGUGAGCAAUGCCACUCAACGUCCACCAAAACGUAAGCGUACUCUACCCCUACGUGAGGAGCAGAUCAAAUCUCUCCAAAGUGGUGAGGAAUUUGAUGUCCUGAUCAUUGGUGGCGGUGCCACAGGUGCUGGCUGUGCCUUAGAUUCGGUAACAAGAGGUUUAAAGACUGCCCUGGUGGAGUUGGAUGACUUUGCCAGUGGUACAUCUUCGCGUUCCACUAAGCUUAUCCAUGGUGGUGUGCGUUAUCUGCAAAAGGCUAUACUCGGCCUAGACUUGGAGCAGUAUCGUAUGGUUAAAGAAGCUUUGGCCGAGCGUGCCACUAUGCUAGAGUCGGCGCCCCAUUUGACCCAUCCAUUGCCCAUCAUGUUGCCCGUUUAUACGUGGUGGCAAGUGCCCUACUACUGGGUGGGCAUUAAGGCCUACGAUCUGGUGGCUGGUGAUCGCAAUGUGAAGAGCUCAUAUUAUCUAUCCAAGAAGGAUGCCCUCGAGCUGUUUCCCAUGUUGAAGAAGGACAAAUUGUGCGGUGCUAUUGUCUACUAUGAUGGACAGCAGGAUGAUGCCCGCAUGUGUCUGGCGGUGGCUUUGACGGCUGCUCGUCAUGGUGCCACUGUCUGCAAUCAUGUGGAGGUCAAGGAAUUGCUCAAAAAGGACGAUGGUUCGGGCAAACAAGUGCUCUGUGGCGCCAAGGUAAAGGAUCAUAUUUCUGGCAAGGAAUUCACCGUAAAGGCCAAGUGUAUUGUUAAUGCCGCCGGUCCAUUUACCGAUUCCAUUCGCAAAAUGGAUAAUCCCACGGUUAAGAGCAUCUGCUGCCCCAGCUCGGGUGUGCAUAUUGUUUUACCCGGCUACUAUAGUCCCGAUCAGAUGGGUCUGCUCGAUCCAUCGACUUCCGAUGGUCGUGUCAUUUUCUUCCUGCCCUGGCAACGUCAAACGAUUGCGGGUACAACCGAUUUACCCUGCGAUAUUACCCACACUCCCACACCCACCGAAGAUGAAAUUCAGUUCAUUUUGAGCGAAAUCAAGAAUUAUCUUAAUGCCGAUGUGGAAGUGCGUCGCGGUGAUGUGUUGUCCGCCUGGAGCGGCAUCCGACCAUUGGUAUCGGAUCCCAACAAGGAAGAUACCCAGUCUCUGGCCCGUAAUCACAUUGUCCAUGUGAGUCCCUCAAAUCUCAUUACCAUUGCUGGCGGUAAAUGGACCACCUACAGAGCCAUGGCAGAGCACACCAUCGAUGCGGCUAUUAAGGCCUGCAAUCUGAAGCCCGAACGUGCUGAAGCUGUUACCGCUUAUUUGAAAAUUGAAGGCGGACAAGGUUGGACACCAACCAUGUAUAUUCGUCUCGUCCAGGACUUUGGUCUCGAGUGUGAGGUUGCCCAGCACUUGGCCAAAUCGUAUGGUGAUCGUGCUUUCGCCGUGUCCAAGAUGGCUUCCCUGACCGGCAAACGUUGGCCCAUUAUUGGCAAUCGCAUCCAUCCCGAAUUCCCCUACAUUGAUGCUGAGAUCCGUUACGGUGUUAGGGAAUAUGCCUGCACAGCUGUCGAUAUGAUUGCUCGUCGUUUGCGUCUUGCUUUCCUCAAUGUCCAGGCAGCAUCCGAGGCUUUGCCGGUUAUUGUUGAUAUUAUGGGCGAGGAGUUGAAGUGGUCUAAGGAUGAGAAGGAGCGUCAAAUCAAACAUGCCACUGAGUUUUUGGCCAACGAAAUGGGACAUACUGUCAAUCGCACCUCCAAGGAAAGAAUACCCAUUAAACUUUCGAAAGAGGAAAUUCAGACAUAUAUUAAACGUUUCCAAAUCAUUGACAAGGACAAGAAGGGAUACGUGUCCAUCAAUGAUAUUCGUCGCGCACUGAAGAGUUUCGGUGAUGCCGAUGUCUCCGGCGAGCAAUUGCACGAGAUACUUAAAGAGAUCGAUACGAAUAUGAAUGGCCAGGUGGAACUCGAUGAAUAUCUUCAGAUGAUGUCGGCCAUUAAGACGGGCGAUGUGGCUUAUUCCCGAUUUGCUCGCAUGGCCGAGCUGGAGGAGCAGAAACAUGAGGCGGCAAAUCUUAAGCAAAAGAUCAGUGUCGAUCGCUCUGGUGGCGGCUUGUAAGCGACUUAAAUGACGAUAUGACAUCACAAAAAUUAUACUAAACGUUCAUCUGCAACAUAAACUUUUUGUAGGAUUAAGUACAACGAACUUAUUUUCAUUUUGCUGUUAAUAAAAUAAAAAAGAAAAAUUUAACUCA